AACAAACAAAAUUUAGGAUAAAAAACAGCAAAAGUUAAAAAAACAAACAAAAAAUAACAAUAAAACCGAAUGUCAUCAUCAUCUUCAAAACUAUCACAUUCACUCGGACACACUCCGAACCAAACAACCACCACCACUCACCACCGUCCACCACCACCACCACCACCACCAUGUCCAUGUUAGAACGAACACUCUCCUCUCGUCGCGGCAACUCACAAUCCGACGCCGACGCAAUAAACUUCGACGAAUCCAAAACUAAAAAACAACAACACAUUCUCUUUCGCUUCACAAACAGAGCUUCAAAUCUCUUCCGAACUUCUCAAUACGUUCCUUGUAUCGCCAUUGCAUUGAUUCUUCUCUUAGCUCUCUCUUUCUUCUACACCUCUCGUAAAUUCGUUUGCAUCUCAUCUUCCUCUUUCUAUAAACCUGCAUCUCGUGCUGCUUUUUUCGGUCUCGAUGGUCUUGAUUCCGAUUUUGGAACCCUUGGUGUGCCCUGCUGCAGAUCGAAACAUGGUAAAACUGUAGAAUGGACAUCGAAAGAUCUGCUCAAGGGGCUAGAAGAGUUUGUUCCUAUAUAUGAAACACGGCCAAUCCAAAACAACAUGUAUGGGAUGGGUUUUGACCACAGCUUUGGACUUUGGUUCAUUGCCAGAUGGCUAAAACCGGAUCUGAUGAUUGAGAGUGGUGCUUUCAAAGGACAUUCGACUUGGGUGUUGCGGCAAGCUAUGCCAGACACACGGAUUGUUUCUCUUUCACCUAGGCAUCCAGAAAAGUAUCUAAAAAAGGGACCUGCAUAUGUUGAUGGUAACUGUACAUAUUAUGCUGGAAAGGACUUCGUGGAUUUUGGAAGUGUUGAUUGGCCAAAAGUUAUGAGCAAACAUGGGAUUAAGGACCUUAGUCGGGUUCUUAUAUUUUUUGACGACCAUCAAAAUGAAUUGAAAAGAAUCGAACAAGCUCUGAAAGCUGGGUUCAGGCAUCUCGUUUUUGAGGAUAACUAUGACACUGGUACUGGUGACCAUUAUUCUUUGAGGCAGAUAUGUGAUCAAUUUUAUAUACGAGGUGGGGGACACAGUUGCUUUAAAGACAGCGAUGAAGCUAGGAUCAGGUCAAGAAGGAAGCAAUUCUGGGAGAAAGCUGUUGAUAUCGAAGAACUGUGUGGGCCAGGGGAAGUAUGGUGGGGAGUUAGAGGGUACAUGCGUGACAACUUCAAUCACAGUAAUAAGCCAAUAUCUUACGCACAACAUUUUCAGAAUAGCCGGUAUGUUGAAUCUAUUCUUGAUGUGUAUUGGGAACUCCCACCAGUUGCUGGUCCUUCCCUCACUCAUCAAACUAGAUAUGAUCCUGCUCGUGCUCCCAAUCCAAUUGUUGAAGAUGGACGAUAUGGUUUGUUCCAGCGGCUUGGUUUGGGUAAAUUUGACAAUUCUGUAUUUAAUGGAUACACUCAGAUGGUUUAUUUACAGAUAUCUGAACAGUAAUUUACAGUUGCUUAGACAAGGCUAUGAUGUAGUUGAAGGAAUUUUUGUAUCUGUAUUAUUUACAAAUAUUUGCUUCAGCCUGAUUUGGCUUAAGAUAUAGUUCUUCUAUUUUUCUUUGCC